CAGGGGGCGGGGCUGACGGAAGUGGCCGGACGCCGUCUGCUGUUCGUUGUUUAAGCGGCUGACGGGAAGGAGAAGCCCGAGCUCCGGCGGCGCCGCCGUGGGGCGACAGUCACGACCUGAGCCGGGGCUGCUGCUAGCCUCUGGACGAGCCACAAGCCAGGAGUACCGGCCGCAGAGCGGAGGGGCGAGACGCCCGCUCGCCUUCUGAUCUCAUCAUGUCGCGGGGCUCCAUCGAGAUUCCCCUCCGGGACACUGACGAGGUCAUUGAACUUGACUUCGAUCAGUUACCGGAGGGAGAUGAAGUUAUCAGUAUUCUGAAACAGGAACACACACAACUGCACAUAUGGAUUGCUUUGGCGCUGGAAUAUUACAAGCAAGGAAAAACAGAAGAGUUUGUAAAGUUGUUGGAAGCAGCACGUAUAGAUGGCAAUUUGGACUAUAGAGACCAUGAGAAAGACCAGAUGACUUGCUUGGAUACAUUGGCAGCCUAUUAUGUACAACAGGCUCGGAAGGAAAAGAAUAAGGACAAUAAGAAAGAUCUUAUUACACAGGCAACCCUGUUGUAUACCAUGGCUGAUAAAAUUAUUAUGUAUGAUUAGAACCAUUUGUUGGGAAGAGCCUGCUUCUGCCUACUUGAAGGUGACAAAAUGGAUCAGGCUGAUGCGCAGUUUCAUUUUGUACUCAACCAGUCUCCAAAUAAUAUCCCAGCCCUUCUUGGUAAGUCAUUUUUGGCAACCAUCUUAGGAAACUAUCUUUCAUCAUAUGCCUGUAAUAUGUUUCUUUGACUGGGCUGGACAGCAAUGUAGAAGAGCUUUACUUUAUAAAAAUGAAACUAUCUGCAAUAGAUCAUUGUUUCUUUUGAA